CUGUCCUGUCACACUCUUCCUGAUUUUGUGUUCCAGAUGGAAAUGCGCCUCCAGGACCAGCAGCUGGCUCGGCAGCUCAUGCGCCUGCGCAGUGACAUCCAUAAACUCAAGAUUGAGCAGACCUGCCACCUCCACCGGCGGAUGCUGAAUGAUGCCACCUAUGAGCUGGAAGAGAGGGACGAGCUCUCUGACCUCCUCUGCGAUUGUCCCCUCACAUCCUCCUUCAGCCUCUCCACCCCACUCAAGCUCAUUGGCGUGACAAAAAUGAACAUCAAUUCCCGCCGCUUCUCGCUUUGUUAAAGUGGGAGGAAUGGGCACCAGAAGUGCAUGGGAUGGGAGAUACCUUCAAGACCUAGGAGAAGAAGCUCCCAUUGUCUGGUUGGGAGAUAGGCACAACAAGGGAGAAGAGAGAGUAAGGGGGCUCUUCCACUGAUCUAAUAGGAGUGGGCUGUGGUGCCAGUCAAGAUAGUAUCCAGAAGGAUUUGCGGACAAGUGGAGAAUAAGAACAAUGAGGCUCCCAAAGGACAGGAACACAUCAAAAUCUAAGUCAUACAGGCAGAAGCAUAUCUUCUUUCAGUGAUUAAACUUAUCCUAAACCAUGUGAUGACCUGGAGGCUCCCUAACUGAGAACAAUAAAGGAGAAACAUAGCUGAAAACCAUUAGUGAAGUCUUUUGGCCCCAUUCAAAUGAGAGAGAUGAAGAAUUCAUGUUGCUGCAAGGAAGAAAGAGAGAAGGGGAGCUAGGCAGAAAGUAUUAUGUACUAUCUAAAAAAAGAUUUCAGUUUAGUUUUUGUCAGUGGGAUGCAGGUAAUGUG